AAAAAAUUGUUUGUCAUGGACCGAAGGAUAGCAGCACUGAUCUUCGUGGUGACAGCAUUCGCCAGUUCAAGGACUGCGGAAAUCAAUGAUGCAGUGAAGCAGGAUCCCCAUGCUAAUGUAGGCCAAACGCCUGAGUGUAAAGAGAUGGGCAUAAAGCUUAGCCGUGCAGUUAACAGAAGUAAAAAUCCAUGUGAUGAUUUUUAUGAUUAUGUGUGCGAAAAUUGGAAGCAGGACAACACCAUUCCGCCAUAUUUGCCAAGCUAUGGACAUAUAUGGUUUGUACGAGAGAAACUGUCCAAGAGACUUAAAGAAAUCUUAAGCAACAUGACCCCACCAACAUAUCAAGCUGAAUCUCUUAAUGACAAAAUUGCCAUAGCCUAUCAAUCGUGCAUGAAUGAAGAUUCGUGCCAACCAGAGGAAGAAAUAAGCCGGCUACGAAACACGUUGGAAAAAUUUGGCAUCCCUAAAUGGCCGAUGAUACUUGGUUCAAAUGAAACUAUCGACUGGAAAGAAAUAUACCGAAAAAUACGAGUUGGAGCAGACAUGUCGUUUAUUUUUAGCGUUGAUCUCUUACCUCAUGUUUUUAACACGUCGCAGCUAGCCAUUUACAUUGAACAUGCAAAGUUUGUGCCCAGUUCGUAUCAACUUUCUGAGGCACAAGAGAAAAAGGACAGCGCUGUGGAAGCCUAUGAAAAUUUCAUCAAGCAAACAGUAAUUUUGUUUUCGGAAGACAAAGACAUUAAUGUAACGACAAAGAUUGCUCAAGAUAUAUUUGACUUCGAAGUAAAUUUAACAAAGAAAAUCUACGACUUCGGGUUCGACCUACCAGAAUUUCCAGAUUAUAAUUAUACGUAUGAUUACCCCGAUGAUUACGGAGAAGAGUCCUCAAGCACCGCAGAGCCUGAACUGCUCCUGGCAAGAAGUGACGAAUCUACAAGCCCACCUCAAAAGGAGUCCGAGCCAUCCACGAAGCUGAAAGACAUUGAUAGAAAAUUAGAAUCAGAAGGGUGGCUUCAGCUUCUAAAGGAUAUCUUCCAAGAUGCGUCAGUGAACUUAACCGAAGAGGAAGAAGUCAAUGCUAUCAAUGAAAGAUUCCUUAGGGGAGCUAUGAAGUUGCUUAAUGAAACAUCUGGGGUAAUAGUGAACAACUACUUUGGAUGGAAACUUCUGUCUAAAUUAGGUCCGAUUGCUUCGCAUAAUAUGACAACACUCAACUUGGAGUUCAACAAAGUGUGGAGGGGCCUCCAGGGACCGGAGCCACGAUGGAGACAUUGCGUCAGCGCAGUGAACGAUCCGUAUGACCCCAUAAUCGGCAACGGGCUGGGAAAGCUGUAUGCGGAUAAGUACUUUAAUUCAACGCAGAAACAAGAUGUAGAGUCACUUGCCGAAAGUGUUAGAGAAGCUCAUUUAGCUGUUAUUCAAAACACCACAUGGAUGGACAAUGACACUAAAAAAGAGGCAAUAAAUAAGUUCAAAAAUGUGGUUUUUAAAUUAGGCUACCCCAAAGACAUAUAUCAAGAAGAUGUCUUAAAAGACAUGUAUAAACACGUUGGGAACGUAACACCAGGUGAUCCUUUCCUUAAUAUUUACUUGACCUUCAGAAAAAACAAUGCUAUUCAUAAAUUACAAAAGGUGCACAGUCCCUACAAUCGGAGUAAGGAAUGGUCCCAUGAUGUGAGCGAAGUGUUUGCCGCUUAUUUGCCUCUGGAAAAUUCAGUUGUAUUGACGGCGGUGACAUUGCAACACCCGUUCUACUUGUCUGGACUGCCAUCCUCUGUCAAAAUGGGAACUCUGGGAUUUAUUUUAGGACACGAGCUCAAUCACGGCUUUUUUUACCCAGGAAGUUACCACGACGAGAAUGGAAACAAACGCAAAUGGUGGAACAACGAGACGGCGCAGAAUUUCGAUCCCCUCCAAAGUUGUGUCGUGAAACUGUAUGAGGGUCAGACGGAAGAAGAAACUCACUUGAACAUUAGUGGAUAUGGAACACUUUACGAAAAUAUUGCCGAUAUUAAAGGCUUAGAAACUGCAUUUGAGGCUCAUAAGAAACUGUUGACGCAGCACCCCUCCACGCCGCAGCGCUUGCCAUGCAUGACUGAGUUUAAUGCUGACCAGUUGUUUUUUAUAUCACUGGCAUAUAGCUUUUGCCAAAACUAUCAGGACGCAGAACUCAGGGACAUUGUCAAGCGGGACCCUCAUUCCCCAUCUAAAAUAAGGGUCAACCGGCAUCUGGGCAAUUCUCCCAUCUUUUUGAAGACAUUCAGCUGCAAUGCGACCAGUCGCAUGAAUAUAACAAACAAAUGCUACGUGUAA